GGUUGGGCAUUUCGGCUGGACCAAAAUCUUGUGUAUGCUAUUCCUGACGGGCCAGGUCUCAGCUUUGCAGUUUGCAUUCUUUUAUCCAAUGGACACUUCCGCAACCAGUUCCUGGUCUUUACAUUUCAAUGUUGUCAACCGCCAUUGCAGAAGGGUGAGGUGAUACACCUCUGCAAAAUAUAGGGAGCCUACCCAAGCAGCAUAGUUUUUUGGAUUCGCAUACCCACCGUUCACACACAAGAAUGCAGGUCUGUCAACGAUGCCACUCAUGUCAAACGUCAAAAGUUGGGAUUCCUACCGUCCACCGUUUAGAAAGAAAAACAUGCAACCUCUCCACCCCAACCAGGAAAUGGAAUAAAGCUCCUUCCCACCUACUUUACUUCCGAGCUCAUCUGCGCUAUUCCCCAUUUUUCGCCAUUCCCCAUUGCUAUCGGAAUUCCUCAAACCUGGAUCAUUGGAACUUGAUUUCAUAUUUAAAAACGCUUUCUUGUCUCAAAAUCACAUGUAUAAAAAAACCUGGUACAAAACCCGCGUUUCAGCAACAAAGCCCCUUGUCAGAAAUUGGAUGUGUGGAAACCCAAGUGUGAAGUGAACCUCACACAUUGGGGAUUAUCGAUAUUUACAAAAGUCUUUUUCGAUCCAUCCCUUUCAUCACAUCUGCUUGGCCUUGGCGGCCCAUCAACAGAUGGAAUCCCGUAAACCCACCAAGAAAAUCCGAUAUUCUGGAGACCUUGAGCUCCCCCUUCCCUUCAACCUAGACUCCACCCUCGACCGCCCUUCCAAAGACUUUUCAUCAACAAACGCCGACAAAUGGUUCACCGAAGUCAAACGAAACCUUGAAAAGAAGGGCUUAUCGACGAUUGAGGAUAAGGAGCCGACCCCUCCGCCAAGAAGCAUCACGAAAGCCAAACGGGCAGCGAGGGUGCAGUUUAAUGACGACAUAAAAUACGCUAGCGACAAUGGGACAUUGAGCUUGAAAGCCUUGAAUUCAACAUUGGAUUCGGCAGAGGACUUUUUUCCAUCACUUGCCACAUCCCGCCCAUUCUACCAACAACCACGGUACUAUCUCGCCCUUUUUCAACUCAUUCCAUCCAUUAUUGUCCUCGCCAUCCUCCUCGCAACAAAUCCCGCCCCAGAUGCAAAACCACUACCAGAAAAAAACAUUACCACGCAUCGCCAGUUUGGGCUCUUUACCUCCGCCGCCACGUUUUUAGUUGCCAUCUUGACUUUGGGUUGGUACAUGAUCAAACGACCUGCUACAUUGAAAUUCCCAUAUGCGAUCACUGGGUUCCCAUACAAGCCGUCAAAACCGUACGGAUUCUACAUUGAACAAGCGACAAUGACCAUUCUAACACUCUUUUGGUUCUCCUUUGUGAUGGGGGCAAAACCCGAGUGCGACCCAAGGAGGACCGGAUGCGUUACUCGCAUCAGCACAGAAGGCGUAUCGGCAGCAGUGGCUUGUGGAUUCGUGGGCGUGGGUGCCUUGGUGAGGGUGUUCGAGUGGUGGACUUCGCGGCCACAGGGAAGAGUGUCCGGAACGGCUGAUGGGACUGGCGGGUGGAAAAAGUGGAAAAUCAAGAUUGGCGCAAAAUAACAUUGUCGAAUGAUUGUGAAAAGUUGGCCAUAUGACAGACAUUUUGCAUAUUUGGAACACUUUUGUAGUUUGAAGAACGGUUCGCAUUGUACAUAGUUUUUUUUCGUCAAAAUGUCACACAUGUUUAUAACCUGCA